AUGGCGCAACCUAAUUUGCACGUGUGCAUAGUUGGCGCGGGCAUCGUUGGUCUCGCUAGUAGCAUUCUCCUUCUGCGGGAUGGCUUCAAGGUCACAUUACUAGAGAAGGACGGCAGCCUACAGAGGUCGGCUGCAGGCAUUCAGCUCCAUCCAAAUGCCCUCCGAGUUUUGCAAGACCUCGGAGUGUACGACAAAGUCCAGGAAAGAUCCGUCCUGAUACGCUCCAUUGACUUGAGGCAGUAUGCGACCGGGGAAACAUUACACUCCCAAGACCUUCGGCCGCUGCAGGAAAGGUACGGCGCACCAGUGGUCGCUGUCCACAGAGCCUUUCUGCGCCAGGUCCUGUACGAGGAAGCCGUGGCACGCGGAGCCAACGUGCGCCUAGGUACUGCUGUCAAGAUGGAAGCCUCCGAUCUCGAACAUGGUGUUUUGAAAAUCAGUGACUCCGAGUCUAUCAGCGCGGCUCUUUUCAUCGGAGCUGACGGAGCAAAUUCGGCCUUGCGUGAAGCCGUCACUGGCCGCAAACUGAAGCUGAUUCCUCAUGGUUUUGUCGUAUAUCGCAUCUUGAUUGAAGAGUCACUCAUCCAGGCACAGCCCAGGCUUCGACAUCUCAUCGAAGCGCCGAUCAUCACCGCCUGGCUCGGUCCGAAGUCGCAGGCAAUCACAUACAGCUUGCACGGGCUGUUCAACAUUGCCUUCACGCGACCAUGGUCCGAGGAGCCGUUUUACACUCCACAGAAGGGCGACCUAGAUAGGUUCAGAGCCGAACUCAAGGCCGAGGGCUGGGCCACGGAGCUCCAAGAGCUGAUUGAGCUUGCGACGGAAUGCCACCGAUGGAUGUUCAUUGAGCCGGAAAUCGACGAUGAGAAUACGCCGUGGGUGGAUAGGAGCGGCAAGUUUUGUAUUGCCGGAGAUGCCGCACACCAAACGUUACCAGCACAGGGGGCAGCCAUGGGCCUCGAGUCUGCCUUAACAUUGGUCCACGUCCUGAAAAACGCCAGGGGGCACGCUCAGAUUGGCGCUGCUUUGGGAGUCUACGAGACCCUCCGCAAGGAGCGCUCUGCGCGAAUUAUCAGAGCUAGCCUGAAGAAUGGGCGGCUCUGGCAACUGCCCAACGGUCCCUUGCAGCAAGAGCGCGAUCGUGAGCUGCUUAAUGAUACACCCAGCGCCGGGUUUCCAAAUUUGUUGGCAGAUCCAUUCUUUCAGGAGUGGCUGUGGGGAUUUGACGCGACAAAGGCGGUGGAUGAAGCUUCUAAGGUGUGAUGGCAAGUUGAGAGAGAUACGAGAAUCCAAGUCUUUGCGGCAAUGUUCAUCAACGGAGCGAAGCGGGCAUUCCAACGAUUGUAUUAAAAGCAGCACACUUGCGUGAGCCACGGACUACCUCAUGUCUCCUGAGAGGGACUCGACAGAUCUGGACGGCUUCAAGAGAGUGGGAACCACUCGUUGAACUUGCCCUUGGGAUCGUACUGCUUCUUCAGACGCUGCAGCUUGGCGAGGCUGCUGCCGUAAAUGUUGCUCAGAGGCUCAUCGCCAUGCGCGAAGUUGACGUACCUGCAUGUGU